GUAAAUUUACCACUAUAUGAAGUUUAAAGUAACCAUAGAAUUUUCUAUUAUUAUCUAAAGCCAAUCAGCGGAAGAAAGGCAAACAAAUGACUUGCCAUUUCUGCCCUAGUCAAGGUGAGUUUCUCUCUCCCCAGAAGGUCUGGAGCUAGACAGCCAGUAAACGAGCCUUGUACAAACACACACGUCCGGGGAUGGCUGUGUGUUGCUAGAGCAGAGGCUGAUUAAACACUCAGCAUGUUGGCUCUCUGAGCCACUCCUGGAAAAUAAUGAGUUGGGGAAGGAACAGUUAAUAAGAAAAUGCGCCUUGCUAACUGUGCACAUUAUAACAAAGAGCUGGCAGCUCCUGAAGGAAAAGGGCUUGUGCCGCUGCCGUUCAAACUUGUCAGUCAACUCGUGCCAGCAGCCUCAGCGUCUGCCUCCCCAGCACGCGCUCGUUACAUGUGUCUGUCUGCCCUGGUCCGUGCAUCUGCUCAGAGACGCUCCGGACAAGUCGGAAAUUUCUCCGUUUCUCCACUAGUGCAAAGAGCGGAUUUCUCCCUGUUUCUCUUCUGUCACCCCGGCUCCUCUCUGCUAGGAAGCGCCUUGAUUUAUGGUAGCUUUGGAUUUGCUUCACCGUCUGCCCGUCCUUGACUUCUAGAAUGGAAGAAGCUGAGCUGGUGAAGGGAAGACUCCAGGCCAUCACAGAUAAAAGAAAAAUACAGGAAGAAAUAUCACAGAAACGUCUGAAAAUAGAGGAAGAAAAACUAAAGCACCAGCAUUUGAAGAAAAAGGCCUUGAGGGAGAAAUGGCUUCUAGAUGGAAUCAGCAGUGGAAAAGAACAAGAAGAGAUGAAGAAGCAAAAUCAACAAGACCAGCAUCAGAUUCAGAUUCUAGAACAAAGUAUCCUCAGGCUGGAGAAAGAGAUCCAAGAUCUUGAAAAAGCUGAACUUCAAAUCUCAACAAAUGAAGAGGCAAUUUUAAAGAAACUAAAAUCAAUCGAGAGGACAACAGAAGACAUAAUAAGAUCUGUGAAAGUGGAAAAGGAAGAAACACCAGGAGAGUCAAUUGAGGACAUCUAUGCCAAUAUCCCUGACCUUCCAAAAUCCUACAUACCUUCCAGGUUAAGGAAGGAAAGAAAUGAAGAAAUAGAAGAUGAUGAACAAAAUAGAAAAGCUUUGUAUGCCAUGGAAAUUAAAGUUAAAAAAGACUUGAAGACUGGAGAAAGUACAGUUCUGUCUUCAAUACCUCUCCCAUCAGAUGACUUUAAAGGUACAGGAGUAAAAGUUUAUGACGACGGGCAAAAGUCAGUAUAUGCAGUAAGCUCUAAUCACAGUGCAGCGUACAAUGGCACCGAUGGCCUGGCACCAGUUGAGGUAGAGGAACUUUUAAGACAAGCCUCAGAAAGAAACUCCAAAUGCCCAACAGAGUAUCACGACCCUGUAUAUGCCAAUCCAUUUUGCAGGUCUACAACCCCACAGAGAGAAAAGCUAAGCCCUGGACCAAACUUUCAAGAAAGGAUAAAGAUUAAAGCUAAUGGACUGGACAGUGAGGCCAAUGAAUCCGUACACAACAUGGGCAAUGGACUUUCAGAGGAAAGGGGCAACAACUUCAAUCACAUCAGUCCCAUUCGGCCGAUACCCCAUCCCCGAUCAGUGGUUCAACAAACAGAUGAGAUGCUCCACACCCCACAAAAGAGGCUGGUGACUCCUUGGGAAGAACCGAAUGUCAUGCGGGACAGAGAUACCCCCGCCCCAAAGGCAAGAGUGAGCCCCAGAGAAACAGCAGGUGGAGACUCUGAACACCAGGGUUCUCCAGCCCCUUGCCAGGAGGAUGAAGAAGAUAUUCGAUAUAGUAUCGUUCAUUCCCUGCCUCCUGACAUAAAUGACACAGAACCCGUGACAAUGAUUUUCAUGGGGUAUCAGCAUGCAGAAGACAAUGAAGAAGAAAAGAAGCUUCUGACAGGAUAUGACGGGAUCAUCCAUGCUGAGCUCGUUGUGAUUGAUGAUGAUGAGGAGGAGGAGGGUGAAGGAGAGGCUGAGACACCAUCCUACCAUCCUGUAGCUCCCUAUAGUCAGGUUUACCAGCCCGCCAAACCAACACCACUUCCUAGAAAGAGAUUGGAAGUUAGUCCCCAUGAAAACACAAAUCAUAAAUCUCCCCACAAAAAUUCCAUAUCUCUGAAAGAGCAAGAAGAGAGCUUAGGGAGGCCUGUCCAUUCUCCACUAGAGGUUCAGACAGCUGGCGAUGGGACCGAGGAUCCAUCCUUAACAGCUUUAAGGAUGAGAAUGGCAAAGCUGGGGAAAAAAGUGAUCUGAGAGGUCCACCCCCGUGGAAACAUCCUUUGGAGAAGAAACUAAGAAAUGUUUGCCAAUUUCUCUUCUGGAUAUUUUUUUUUUAACUCCAAAAAUUUAUAAUUACAGUAUACCCAUAUUAAACCAUGUGAAUAAGUAGUAGUCAUUCUUUGUGAACAGUUCCAAAAAACUGGGGAGAACAGAUGCUUAACUGUUCCAGUUACUUGAUAAGAUUCAAUGGGGGGAAAACCAGCAUUUUUUAUUGUAUUGAUACCAAAGCAUUUCUAAUAAGAGCUUGUUAAAUUUCAGAAUAAAGUUAUUUAAAAUAUCCUGACUAUA